GGCUUUUCCACUUCGACUGCGAGAGAGAUCGAGAGAGAGGAGCUCAUUAACCGAGUGGUUGCUUUCGGGUGGAACGCGAUCGAUGUGUCGUCGCCUCCCCGUCUUCCUCUUCUUCUCCUUCUUCCUGGUGCUCUCUACGGCCGCGGCAACGACAGCCGCCGGGCUGACCGCUGGGUGGGAGACGCGGCGCCGCCGGGCGCUGGGAAAUGGCCUCGGCCGGACUCCUCCCAUGGGGUGGAACAGUUGGAACCAUUUCCAGUGCAACAUCAACGAGAAUCUCAUAAGAGAAACAGCUGAUGCGCUGGUGAGCACUGGCCUUGCGAGAUUGGGAUACCAUUACGUCAACAUUGAUGAUUGUUGGGGAGAAUCAAACAGAGAUAAUCAGGGAAAUUUAGUUGCUAAGAGAUCGACGUUUCCAUCCGGCAUAAAGUCUCUUGCAAACUACGUCCAUGCAAGAGGGUUAAAGCUCGGAAUCUACAGUGAUGCGGGGACCAGAACAUGCAGCGGGACCAUGCCGGGAUCGUAUGGAUACGAAGAGCACGAUGCAAGAACCUUCGCCGACUGGGGGGUUGAUUACUUGAAGUACGACAACUGCAACAAUCGCGGAACAAGUCCACGAGAGAGAUAUUCGAGGAUGAGCAGAGCUCUGCAAAACUCUGGCAGGAGUAUUUUCUUCUCUCUUUGUGAAUGGGGUGUGGAGGACCCUGCAACUUGGGCGGGCGGUGUAGGAAACAGUUGGAGGACAACGCAGGAUAUUUCUGAUAGCUGGCAAAGCAUGUCGUCACGAGCUGAUGAGAACGAUAGGUGGGCAUCGUACGCAAGGCCUGGUGGAUGGAAUGAUCCCGACAUGCUAGAAGUUGGGAACGGUGGGAUGACGACGGAGGAGUAUCGAGCUCAUUUUAGCAUAUGGGCGUUAAUCAAGGCUCCUUUGUUGAUCGGGUGCGAUGUGAGGCACAUCGGCAGGGAUGCGUUAGAAAUUUUGAGAAAUUCAGAGGUCAUUGCUGUUAAUCAAGAUUCUCUGGGGGUCCAAGGGAAGAAGGUGGUGGGAGGCACUGCACAGGUUUGGGCUGGCCCAUUAAGCGGAGGAAGGGUGGCGGUGGUCCUCUGGAACCGCGGCGGCUCGCCGGCGACGAUCACCGCCAGAUGGUCCGAUGUCGGUCUUCCCUCCUACGCCGCCGCCUCCGCUCGUGAUCUGUGGGCGCAUUCAACCUUGGGGCCAUUCAAGGGGCAAUUAACGGCUGAGGUGGCAGCUCAUGCUUGCAAGAUGUAUGUUCUCACCCCUCAUUAAUAGUCAUUUAGGAGGAGGAGGAGGAGGAGGAGGUUAUCUGAUAAAUUAAGAGGACAAUUAAGAACAUAAAGAAAGAACGAAAGAUUGGAGCAAUGGAAGAGCGAUUAAGCCAAACCUCCAGUUGCUCAUAGAUUUCAAUUACAAUUCACGAAAUGUAAUAACAUAUUAUUGUGAUGGCAAAGGGAGAAUAGUUUGGGGUUUGUCCAUUAAA